ACUCUACUCUAUCUACCAACUACAUCUAUCCUCCUCUUCUCCUUUCCAACAGCGUCUUCUUUCGACUAUUCGAUACCCUUUCUCUCUCAAUCUCUAUCCGCACAUACUCUCUCUACCAGUCUUGUUUUUCGUCGGUACGCGUUACCAUUCAGAUAAUCAAUCACAAUGGGUCACGAAGAUGCCGUUUACCUCGCCAAGCUCGCCGAGCAGGCUGAGCGCUAUGAAGAAAUGGUGGAGAACAUGAAAGUCGUUGCCUCCUCAGACCAAGAAUUGUCCGUCGAAGAGCGGAAUUUGCUUUCUGUCGCCUACAAGAACGUCAUCGGUGCCCGCCGUGCCUCUUGGAGGAUCGUCACCUCGAUCGAGCAAAAGGAGGAGUCCAAAGGCAACGAGUCUCAGGUCACAUUGAUCAAGGAGUACCGUCAAAAGAUCGAAACCGAGCUGGCCAAGAUCUGCGAAGACAUCCUCGAAGUUUUGGACAAGCACUUGAUUCCUUCUGCUCAAACCGGUGAAUCCAAGGUCUUCUACCACAAGAUGAAGGGUGACUACCACCGUUACUUGGCUGAGUUCGCCACUGGCGACCGCCGCAAGGCUUCCGCCGAUGCCUCCCUUGAGGCUUACAAGGCUGCCACCGAGGUUGCCCAGACGGAUCUUGCUCCUACCCACCCCAUCCGUCUCGGACUCGCCCUUAACUUUUCCGUUUUCUACUAUGAGAUCCUCAACUCUCCCGACCAAGCCUGUCACUUGGCCAAGCUUGCAUUUGACGAUGCUAUUGCUGAACUCGACACCUUGAGUGAGGAGAGCUACAAGGACUCCACUCUCAUCAUGCAGCUCCUCCGUGACAACUUGACUCUCUGGACCUCUUCUGAGGCCGAGACCGCCGCUGAGCCUGCUGCUGCUGAAAAGAAGGAGGAAGCUCCCGUCCCUUCAACCGAAGCUCCUGCUGCCGAGUAAAUUUCAUAAACAACAUAAAAAAGAAAACAUAUGAAUCAUGAACUCGUGCCGUAGAGUGGAUUUGAGUUUGGAUUUCAGAUGUAAAAGGAUGAGAGGUUUGUCCGUGUCAGAUUCCUUUUGAGCGGAUUGGAGUUUGUUUUUUUUUCUCUGCUGCCUUUCCCCUUUGCCUACGGGUUCGUUCGGUUAUUACGCGAGAACUUGGUAGAUGAGAAAAGAAGAAAGGAGAAGAACUGAAAAACAGGGAGCAAGAUUUUUUUAAAGAAAAUCCAAAGUUUCAAUCAUUCUAUGACCAGGAACCGUGAUUCAAGAUAUUCAUGUUGAGGGCUGAAAAAAGAGGAGAACAAUAUGAUAAACCGAAGAAUAUCCUAUUUAUUUUACCCUUUUAUCUUUUCGACUUCCUUCUCGUCAACAAUGGAUUAAUUCCCCUGCGAUUCGGGUCUUUAUGAGAUGGUUAUCUUUGUCUUUAUUCCUGUUCCUCGAAUUUCUAUUCUUCUUUUUUUCUUCUUUUUGGCCCCUGGUUUUAACUCGCUUUUUGUGUGUUUCCUUUUCUUGCUCUGAUUCCGCAAGUAAUGUAUGCAAAGUCUCCUUAUUACAUUUCCUCCAUAUCUAUCAGAAUUCCUCCCUCUCUUUAUACAAUACUAUACAAUUGAUACAAUACAAUGCGGUGGUCCAUUGCUACUGCGAUAUGAUGUGACUUGAUUGAUCUGGGUCCAGUCUUAUCUGGUCGUAUGAAACCUAUCUUGCUGGCCUGAUGUUGGUAACGGCGGAAGCGGAACUGGAGCUUCAUUUGACAGUAAGCAUGAGUACUCAAGUUGAUUCUCAGUGUCCAAAUGGCCAUCUUUUCCUGCUUGACGAAAAGAAGGGAUGGAACGAGACCCGAUUCGAGGAUUCGUUG